AUGGCAGGAAGGAUAGGAGAUGAUGAGCUUCCGUAUCUUUAUGGGGACGAGAUUUUGGCCUAUUUGAAGACUGUUAGGGAAACUUUCAGAAAUGAUUUGGACAGGUACCAGACAUUCUUGAAUAUAUUGGACAAGUUCAAGAGAGGACAGAUAGACGUCCAGAAGGCGGUGUUUCAAACACUUUCUCUGUUCAGAAGUCAGCAACAGUUGAUUCCAGGAUUCAAACAAAUGUUCAUGAAGCUAUCUGGCCUGUCAAGCGAAAUAGAUAUCAAGGAACUCUUUGAUGAGGAUCAUAUGAAUGAGGUUCUGGCAUUUGCAAGGAGUGUCAAGGAGGCAUUCCAUGAUGACAGAGGCAAGUACCAUCUGUUUGUUGAGAUCUUGGACAAUUAUAAGAGGAAGGAAAUUGACACGCCAAUGCUUCUGACCAAUCUGCAGCAGCUUUUCAGAGGCCAUCCUCAGCUAAUUCAGGAAACUCAGAAGCACCUUCCAAGAGCUGCUCUAAUUUUGAGUGAAUUAGAUUCAAGUCGCCUCUUGGAUGAAGAAGUAGAUGAUGCUCUUGGUUACCUCAAAAGAGUCGUUGACACUGUCAAGACUGACGACGACAAGUAUCAAAGAUUCAAAGAUAUACUUGACACUUAUAGCAAUGGACGACGUGAUGUUCCCGCGGUGGUGGCUCAAGUGGAUAGUCUUUUUGGAGGAAGUCGGGACCGGGCCACUAUACAGUAG